CUGCACCAUUCAUACAGAUCAACACCGAAGUGUGGCAAAUUUUGGGGAUAAGGAGGAGUCUCUGUGCCCCAUACCACCCCCAGACGAAUGGGUUGGUGGAGAGAUUAAAUGGCACAAUACAGAGCUCACAAGAGAAAAACCCAACACAUGGGAUAGAUACCUGGACGCUGUGAUGUUUGGUUUGCGCUCCAAAAAGCAGCUCACAACCCGCUUCUCUCCAUUUUACCUGAUAUUUGGGAGGGAAGCAAGGUAUCCAUCUCAGGUGCAGGAAAACUAUAAGGUCGAUGGGUCCUUUAAGGAGCAGUUUAAUGAAGAGGAGGUGGCAAUGGAUAUCGAGCAACAGGACAAAGUUGUCAGCAUUGUCCAGCAAAAUGUGGAGAAGGUUCAGGAGAGAACCAGAGGGAGACUGCAAUCCCUGAAAAAGAGAGCGAGCUUUAAGGUGGGGGACGUGGUGUGGAGGAAGAACGUCCGUAGCCUACAGCGGAAAGGGGGAAAGCUGGAUCCGGAGUUUCUUGGGCCGUUCACAGUGGUGAACAUUGAAGAGAAAAGUGUUGACCUUGUGGAUAGUUCAGGAAAAUCUAUCCACAAGGUCAACAAUGAUCACCUGAAGCUGCACACUACCCCAACCCCAAGAAUUCCUCGGAGGUUGAAAAUUCCCCCAGUCUCUUCCAUUACCUCCACUCUACCUGCUGCCACCUCCACUCCACCUGUCAUCUUCCCCUCAGAACAGAGGAGCCUUGUGCUGGAUCCACUCGGCAACGAUGCCUCCAAGAUCAAAAGAUGUCUGGAGACCACAAGGCUUUUGGGUAUCAAGGAGGGUUUCCACAGGUUCCUGCAGGGGACAUCCAUUGACCUGGCAAGGGCAGUCCAAUUCAACAGUUCCAUCCACGACACCUUGGUCAGUCAAAGAACUGAACAGGUGGCUGAGGAACUCUAUGAGGUCACAAAGCAGCUCUGCUCUGACCACAACCUUCCCGAGCCCUCUCCUGCUCCAAGGAGAAAGCAGAGGAGAACGGAUGAUUUUGUUGUUGAGGCGUCUACUGGGUCGGGCUCUGACCUGCUUAACGACUAG